AUGCCUCCAUACCCCAAAAUCGAUUGUCACUCUCAUUACCUUCCUCCUGGAUAUCGGGAGGCGCUCGCCGAACAUGGCCAUACGCAUCCUGACGGUAUGCCUGCAAUUCCGCAAUGGAGCGAAGAGAGUCAUCUCGACAUGAUGAAGACCGUUAAUGUGACCAAGAGCGUUCUCAGCAUCAGCUCCCCGGGCACUCAUCUCAAGGCGGGCGACAACGCAUUGGCUCGAAAGGUAACGCGAUAUGUCAACGAGUUUGGUGCCGACCUCAAGCGAAGAAGACCGGAUCAGUUUGGCUUCUUUGCUUCGCUGCCCUUGGCCGACGUCCAGGGUUGUUUGGAAGAAAUCCCCUAUGCCUUGGACGAACUCAACGCCGAUGGCUUCGUCGUUCUCACCAAUUUCCAUGGUUCAUAUCUUGGACAUAAAGACUUUGACCCGAUCUUUGAUGAGCUCAAUCGACGGAAAGCCAUUGUGUUCAUGCACCCGACAACCCCAUGCUUACCUCACGGCGGCGCUGCGGCAACGCCUCUGGCAGACUUCCCGAGGCCCAUGUUUGAAUUCUUGUUUGACACUGCCCGUGCUGUCAUCAAUCUGUUUCUAUCGGGGACCGUUGGUCGGUGUCCCAACAUUACAUUCCUCGUGCCUCACGUCGGCGGCGCGUUUCCGCCGCUGAUCAACAGAUUUGCAAGCGUUGGUCCGGCCUUGAAUCUGCCGGGACUUGACCCCAAAGUCACUCCGACGUGGGUCAAGGAGAGGCUGAACCAGCAGUUCUACUUUGACACCGCGGGAUGGGCUUUGCCGGAGCAAAUUAAAGGCUUGUUGCAGUACGUUACAGUGGACAGGAUGUUGUACGGGAGUGACUUUCCCUUCACACCGCUGCAGACCGUCGCGCCGUUGUCACUGGAGCAUGAUCAGUAUUUGCCGGAGGUGUUUCCUGACCAGGAGGAGCGUGAGAAGUUGUGCAGCAAGAAUGCGCUCAAGCUGCUCAAUCGACAGUCUAGACAGUAG